AUGCCGCUGUCUUCUCUUUCGUCAAACAUGUUGUCUCACAUGACAGCCGUGCAGAGUGUGCCGCCUCCUCCCCUCUGCAGUGUGCCGAGCCUGAAAAUGUCUAAGCACAUUGAUUACGGUCAGUUGAAUGCAUUAUGCCACACCAGAGGACUACAAAGCAGCUGGAAUAUGUGCACCAUCCUUUCAGUUGACAAUAAGUUUAUAAAGCAGUACCCUAAAAUAUUUGUGCAGGACAAAAUGAGACUGCCUAAACUUUUCAAACAUGAGGGACAAAGAAACUCUACUAAAGGCCCAGAAGAAAGGCAGCCCCAGCGAGCUGAUGGCGACUCUCACAAUAUAGCUGUCUACAUUAAAAAAGCACGAGGGGGCCACAGUUUAUAUGGACCCAAAGAAUCCGAAGAGCAGUUAGAAGAAGUAUUGGCUAUCUUAAAGAAAUUGCCCAUUUACAGGACACUGCGUGAACACAACACUGUAUGGAAGAUGCUGAAAACAGUUCCAGAUUUAACUUCUCAGCUAAAUGAUGAGCAUCUGAGAAUACUUAGUAAGAAUGUCAUUUCCGAAACCUGGGUAAAAGGCAGCACAGUGGUUGGAAGUGACGGAGUUUAUGUACUACUGAAAGGCCUCGCCCGGCCGCAAGCGCAGCUACACACAACCCUGAUCGAGGAGGACGAGGCCGCAACCAGCUUCGUCCGCCGGCGUUUCCACAGCGUCGUUUUCAGCGAUGACGUAGGAGACGCCGCACGGGGUGACAUGCACGUGCCGCCGUGUGACUCAGAGCUUAGACCAUGGAGUACCUUUGGAACCCUGGAAGUUACCGCUCAGAUCCAGGUGGAAUCAAAGGAGUACUCAGUGGUGACAGAAGAAGACUGUGAAAUUCUAAAGAUCCCUGCGAAGGAUUAUGCCAAGUUAAAAUCGGAAAAAACACAACUUAAAAAUAAACAAAUAGUGAAAUUAAUUCAAAAGUGUCCAUAUUAUGAGGAGUGGCCAACUUUAUCCAUAUAUGAUCUGGUUCUGCUUGUUAAAUGGAAAAGAUUUCCUCCAGGUCACGUGAUAGUGGAAAGUGGAAAUAUAAUUUCUUUCAUGGCUUAUAUUAAUUCUGGAUAUUGCAAUGUUUAUAGAAAUAUUGUAGGGCUUGUGAGACUACAGUCAAAAAAAGUGAAGAAAAUUCAAAAACUCGUUUAUAUGGGUCAGCUUAAUGAGAAUCAGUCCUUUGGCGAGAUUAGCGUGCUGCGUCAGGUUCCCUUCACGUGCACAGUAAUUACUGGAAAGGAGGUUGAGAUGGCAGUCAUUGAAGAUAAGGACCUGUUUGGAAAUUAUGUAAGAAAAGGAAUCAUGACAUCAAAUGAGUGCUGUGAAAUGAGUGUGACUUUUUCUGGGCCUCAAGACAUCAGAUGUGGAUACAUCGAUGGGAGAGAGGAAGAUAACGAAAAUUCGGGGAAGAAACUAAAUACCAGUGAGCAUGCUGGAGUGCACAUUGAUUGUUCAGGGAACAGCAAGGAGAAUAUUUUAUCCUCCAGAUUAUGA